UUUCAGAACUACCUGUUUAAUUCUAGUUCUGGUUUCGUUUGCUCUUUGUAGUUUCUGUUAAUUAUUUACUAGCUAAAGAGCAUUCACAUCGGAAUUAUAACUAUUUUAUCUGUUUUUUUGAAUAAUUUUAUUUUCUACAAUAACUGUCAAUCAUGUUCAAAAACGAUUCGCAUUCCAUUCAACUUUUAUUAACUGCUGAAAAGAAAGCGGAGGAGAAAGUUAGCCAAGCCCGCAAACGCAAGCAUUUACGUUUGAAACAAGCUAAAGAAGAAGCGCAGGCAGAAAUUGAGAAGAUAAGACAAGAAAGAGAGAAAGAUUUUAAAGAAUAUGAAGCAAAACAUUUGGGCUCUAAAGAAAGCGAUGAACUGAAAAUGGAAAAGGAAACUGAUAAACUUUUGAGUGAACUGAAUAAAUAUGUCAGACUGAACAAAGAUCUUGUUGUUGAUCGUCUUCUUGAUCUAGUAUUUAGUAUUAGCUGUGAAGUUCAUGUAAACUAUAGAGCUGUAAUAGAAUAAGUUGUUUCUGUUUGAACAAUCUUGGUGCUAGAGGUUGUAGUAUGGGUUUCUGCAUUUUAGUAGUUUUGAGUUUCUAAUUAGUUUAAAUAAUGUGUAUUUUUUUCCUCUUAUAUUACUAUUUAUAUAUGUGGAUCAUUUUUAUUGUUUAUUUAUUUAUUCCAGACUUUUUUUCAUAUAUAGUGUGAAGUAAAGUUUUCUACUUUGCUCUUUACAAUCCUUCAUAUGAAUCUCAAAACUAUAAAUUUUUUCCUUUUUCUGUUGAUAGACACAUAUCUACCAGUGAUACAUUUUUAUAGUAUCAGAUUCAAAGGCAGUAUCAUAUUCAAAGUAUUUACAUGCUUCCAUCUUCAGAAAAUCUAUUUUAUUAAUUGUUAAGUUUACAAAUAUUGAACUUGUUGAAUAACUUUUUGAACAUUGUACAGUUUUAAGGUCAUUAUCCAUAUUUACAUUUUUGCUAUAUGAAGGUCUUUUUUUAAAUAUGGUCUAACUACAUAUUUUAUAGAGAUGGAAUGAAUUAAUUUUAUUUUAUAUCAAAUGUACACUUACUUUGUUUUUAACAAAACCUUUAUAAUUCCAGCUGUCUGAAAGUGCACUUAAAUGUAGAUAAUUCUGACUUCAUUAGAAUAAUAUUAAAUCAUGCAGUCUGCAUGUACUGGUGAUGGCUCGCAUUUAGAUGCCUCUUCUGGUAGUGUAUACCACAAGUGGUUCAUGCUUGAAAUUUUCAUCAGGUUGUUGUACCCAAUAAAGUUAAGUAGUCUGGGAGUAGUCAGCCACCCGAGGAAGGACAUGAAUUGUAGCCCUAAUAUGAACAUGUUAAAAUAAAAGCCUACAUAUGUAGUAAAAAUUGUAAUUAGUGUUCCUAUUACCUUUGUUGAGCAUUUAUUUUUUUAA